AUGAGUGUGCUCUCAACAUGCACACUUCUGAAGUUGGACCUUCAGAGCCUGCUAAGGGAAAAGGGCUUGGUUAUUGCAGCUCUUCAGGACAUGCCAAAAGAGCUUUUCCCACCAGUGUUCAUUGAGGCCUUCACCAGGGGGAACCCUGAGGUUCUGAAGGCCAUGAUGCUGUCCUACCCAUUUUGGUGCCUCCUCUGGGAGCACUGGGCGCUGAUGCAUUUGAGGACACAAAAGUCCCCACACAGUCCUUUUGAAAAAAUCACAGCAAAGCAAAGAAACCGAAGGACAUUGGAAGCUCUACUGGAGGGACUUGAUAUGCAGCUCUCCCAGAAGGUUCACCACAGAAGGUGGAAACUGCAGGAGCUGGAUUGGAGGAAUGUACACCAGGACUUCUGGACUGGAGGGCCUAGGGCCAUGAAAGCUGCUCAUUCAUCAGCUGUCAGUUAUGAGAGCCAUGGCAAACCUGGGGGGACUGACAAACAGCCACACUUGAUAAUAUUUGCAAACCUUCGCUUUAAACGCUGGAGUUCAUCUUGUGCCACACAAGACAAAGUACAACUCUGCCUCUUGAAGUGGGUCAGGGAGAGAAAAGCUUCAGUACACCUGUGCUGUGAAAAGGUCCGGAUCCAUUUCAGUGACGUCUUCAUAAUCCUAAAGCAUCUGCGAGCUGUACAACUGGACUCCAUCCAUAAGCUCCAUGUACUCAGUAACUGGGGUUGGGACAGCAUGAAAGCGUUUGUUCUUCACGUCAAGAAGAUGAAAAACCUUCACACACUUCACUUGCUAUGUGAGAGUCCAGAAAUGUUCAAUUCAUUUGAGAAAAACAACUGGUAUUCUCACAUCUGUGCUUUUCACUUAGGACAGCUGCAAAAUCUCCAGGAGAUUGUUAUGGAUGAAGUCUUUUUCUUGAAUGGUACUCUGCAUAAGUGGUUAAGGAGUCAGACCACCUUGCAGGUGCUUUCCUUGAGUUGCAGUCCACUGAAGGAAUCUGACCUGAAACAUCUGUCCCAAUGGGGAAGCACAAACCAGCUCAAGUCACUGACUCUGAGGUGUAUUUCAGUGGAAUCAUUCAAUCCUGAGACCCUCCAUGUUCUGAUAGACAAACUGGCCAUCACCGUGGAAACCCUGGUCCUAGAACAAUGUGACCUCACAGACUCCCAGCUGCUUGCCAUCUUGUCUGCCCUGAGGCACUGCUCUUGGAUAAAGACCUUCAGUUGUUACUGGAACCACUUUUCCCUAGGCAUCCUUCAGGACCUGCUACGCCUCAGUGCUGCACUGAGACACUUAUCCAAAGCGCUGUAUCCUGCCCCUAUGGAGUGCUAUGAUUCUAAUGAUGGAGGGAGUUUUGUGCACCAUGAUCAAGCAACACAGGUCUUUGCUGAAUUGGCAUAUGUCCUGGAGGACAUAAGACCAUCUCUUAGUGUCCUCAUCUGUACCUACUGUGCUUCCUGCAUGUUUUUUAAAUUCUAUAAGCUUUAA